AACGGAACAACGUUCGACAUCGAUCGGUCGUAUGGUUGUCGCAAGCACGUUUUUGAUUGGAUAUAUUUGUUCACGUGUGUGACGACCAUCAUUUUACUUUUAAUUGUUAUCUAAACAGCAAGCAGGACAGUUCAACUUUCGAGAGAAUAAAAUAAAUUUCAAGACAACAAGAUAACAUGAGAGGACGUGGACGAACUCAAGGAGCACCACCAACACCUGAAACGCAGCCUCGUACUGGUGUUGGUCGAGGUCGUGGAUUGCCGAAUACACCAUUGGCUCCUGCACCGUCCCAAUCGACUCAGCAACCUUCGGAAGCUGUUGGGGAAUCAGCCGAUAGAGGCAGACCAGUGCAACCAGAAUUUCAGCAACAACAGCCGCAGUUUCAGCAACCGCUGCAACCAACUGAAUCACGUGGAUACAGCGGUGGAAACGGUGGAAAUGGUGCCGCAAAGAGGGAUCGUGGAUCUGUUCGAGGACGAACUUUCAUAACGGACAUAAUCAGAACAAAGCCCCAAAACGUUCAGUCGAAAAAAGGCACAUCCGGUCAACCAGUCACUUUACUGACGAACUAUUUUCGCCUGUUGAAGCAGCCCGACUGGCAGCUAUACCAAUACCGUGUGGACUUCAGUCCUCCGGUUGAGUUGCGAGGACUGCGAAAUCGGUUGAUCUUCGAGCAAAAAGCAGUGCUUGGAGGGUAUUUGUUCGACGGAACGUUGUUGUUCCUUUCGGUAAAACUGCCAGAAGAGACGACCCAAUUUAUGUCCAGCGAUCGAGAUGGACAUCUCAUUCAGACGACGGUCAAAUUUACCAAUCGAGUGGACAUGACCACUGCCAUUUCGGUGCAAAUAUUGAAUUUGAUAUUGCGGCGUAGCAUGGAAGCGUUGAAGCUCCAAUUGGUUGGACGAAACUUCUUCGACGCAAUUGCUAAGAUUGAUAUACCUCAGCAUCAGCUGCAACUGUGGCCGGGCUAUCUGACUUCCAUUCGCCAGCACGAAAGUGACAUCAUGCUGUGUGCCGAAAUAACGAACAAAGUGAUGCGUACUGAGACAUUGUACGAUAUCCUGCAGAAUUGCGUCCAGAAUGAGCGAACGAACUACAAGGAUCCGUUUAAAAAUGUUGUUCUUGGUAUGACGGUGCUGACGGCCUAUAAUAAUAAGACUUAUUGCAUUGACGAUGUGGAUUUUGAUAAGUCGCCGAGCGACACAUUUGCGACACGCGAAGGGGAUAUAACCUUUAUGCAGUACUACCGAGACAAGUACCAAUUGACGAUUCGAGAUCCAGGUCAGCCGUUGCUCAUUUCUAAGUUGAAAGAACGUGAUCUUCGCGGUGGACAAACCGAGAACAUUUUAUUGAUACCGGAAUUAUGCCGUGCUACAGGAUUGACGGACAAUAUGCGAAGUGACCACCGACUUAUGUCGGCCGUAGCGAUUUAUACAAGACUAGCGCCGAAAGCACGUGUUGAGAGACUCAAUGCGUUCAAUCAGCGUCUUCAGAAUACCACUGAAAGUGUGAACAACUUUAAGGAGUGGAAUUUCGUUUUGGACAAGGAUAUGGUUCAGGUCAACGGUCGACAGUUGCCAAAUGAGAAAAUUCUUUUUGGAGGCAACAAAAUGGCGGUAACUAACCAAGAAGCGGAUUGGUCCCGUGAAUUCCGAAACAUUUCGAUGUACACCGCUAUGCAUCUGAAAAAAUGGGUGGUAAUUGUGCCACAGCGUAAACGACGCGAAGCCGAAGACUUCAUCGGAAUUUUGCAGAAAGCGGGAGUUGGAAUGCGAUACGAAAUUGCAAAACCAACGAUUAUCGACAUUCCCGACGAUCGUGGCCAGGCCUAUGCCAGCGCGUUAGAUCAAGCGUUCCGGGACUCGCCUCAGCUGAUCAUGUGCAUCGUGCUGAACAACAAUGCGGACAAGUAUGGCCUAAUCAAAAAGAAAUGUUGUGUGGAACGUGUUAUUCCGUCGCAAGUGAUGGUUCUCAAAACGAUCACGCCCAAACAGGGCAAAGAUAUUGGCUCAUUGAUGUCGGUCGGAACGAAAGUUGUUAUUCAAAUUAACAGCAAGCUUGGCGGUGCACCAUGGAUGGUCGAAAUACCAAAAGCUGGUCUAAUGGUCGUCGGCUAUGAUGUGUGCCACGACGCCAAGGAUAAGUCAAAAUCAUAUGGGGCCAUCGUAGCCACAAUGGAUAUGAAAGUGUCGCAGAAUUAUUUCUCGGCCGUGACGGCCCACACAAAUGGCGAGGAAUUGAGUAAUCAACUUCUUUUGAAUAUGGUCAAGGCGUUGAACUGCUUCAAAGGUCAGCACAACGCCUUACCGGAUCGUAUUGUUUUCUAUCGCGAUGGCGUUGGCGAGGGACAAACGAACUACGUGCUGGAACACGAAGUGAAAAACAUGCUCGAAAGACUCAACGAUAUUUACGCGAACGCCGGGGCUCAGUUGAAGUUUCACUUUGUCGUCGUGUCGAAACGUAUCAACACCAGAUUCUUUAGAGGUGCCGUCAAUCCGAAUCCGGGCACAGUUGUUGAUGAUGUCGUUACACUGCCGGAAAGAUAUGACUUCUUUUUGAACUCGCAAUUUGUACGAAAUGGCACCGUCUCUCCGACCAAUUACAACGUUAUCUACGAAACGCCGACAAGUGCUUUGACACCCGAUCAAAUGCAGAGACUUUCAUACAAAAUGACUCAUCUUUACUACAAUUGGUCGGGUACGCUUGCCAUACCCGCUGUUUGUCAAUACGCUCACAAGCUGGCCUUCCUGGUGGGUAAUUUUAUCCAUCAAACACCAUCGCAUCUGCUUGAGAAGCAGUUGUAUUUUCUUUAAAUUGAAAAUUGAUUUUUUUUUUGUUAUUUUUUAUUUUGGAUUUUGCAUUUAUAACGGCCACGACCGAGUCCAUUGAAUUAAUUCAAUUUUAUUGAAUCGGAAGAAAACCUUUCAAACUGAAAAGAAAAGACUCAAAUCCUUUGAAUUAUUAUUUUAUUUUUUAAAAAUUAUUUUUUUCUAACUGCAAAGGAAGAUUGAGACUUUGAAUUAUACAUAAAUACAUUGAAACAGACACUUUACAAGUAAAAAUGUUACAAAAAAAACUGUAAAACUUCACGACAUUUAAUUGAAAUAAAUUUUUUUGUAUCAACGCAAUAA